ACCGCGGCCGCGCUCCUGCUUGGACCCGCUCCUUGAACGAUUCGCGAAGGCGCGGCUUUCUCUCCCCCCGCCGUUGAACCAACACCCCGCCGGGAGAAAGUGUGUUUAUCUCAUGCUUCAGCUGCAGUGCAGCACCCGGGAAGAGGACUCCUCAGCUGCCUUUUUUUUUUUCUUUCUUCCCCUCCAAUUUUUUGCCGGUCUUGUCCUUCCUGCCCGUGGCCAUGCCGGUGGUCGGGGUCGCCUCAAAGCUGAGGCAGCCGGAGGGGGUCUCCGGCAGGCCCGUCCACACCGCCCUCCCGAUCCCCAACCUGGACCGCACGACAGCGGCGCGGGGCUACCUGAGGGGGACGGGACCCGGCGCGCUGUCCUGUCAGCUGUCGGUCAGGUCCACCUGCGAUCCCCGGGAGCGGAGCAAGGAGUCCGAGGACCGGAAGAUCUACACUGACUGGGCCAACCACUACCUGGCCAAGUCAGGCUGCCCACGCCUCAUCAAGGACCUAACACAGGACAUUGCUGAUGGUGUUCUGCUUGCAGAAAUAAUCCAGAUCAUAGCUAAUGAGAAGGUGGAGGACAUCAAUGGGUGCCCCAGGAGUCAGUCUCAGAUGAUUGAGAAUGUGGACGCCUGCCUCAGUUUCCUCCAGGCCAGAGGAGUGAACAUACAGGGCCUUUCCGCUGAAGAGAUCAGAAAUGGCAAUCUGAAGACCAUCUUGGGGCUGUUCUUCAGCCUGUCCCGCUACAAGCAGCAGCAGCAGCACCAGCAGCAGUAUUUUCAGUCCCUCGUGGAGCUCCAGCAGCAGGUUACACAUCAAGCCACCGGGCCAACAAGCCCCCACAAGACACAGGACAUGCAGUCCAGUCUGGCCACGAGGUACGCAGCUCCAGCGGCCCACGGUGCAGCAGGAACAGGGCAGAAGAAGAACACGAGGCUACCAGGACCGUCCAGGGCAUCCGCUGCAGGCAGCGGGACCACCAGCAAGGUCCAGGGUGCGUCUAACCUCAAUCGCCGGAGUCAGAGCUUCAACAGCAUAGACAAGAGCAAGCCCCUGCAGUAUGCGAGUGGCAGCGACAGAGAAGCGAUGAUGGGCAUUCCUCAGCAUGGCAGCAUGAGCAGCAGUACCUCUGCCCACACCUCCAUUCCCACCCCCAUCCCAAGCUCCACCAGCACCUCUGGGCAGCAGCUGGCCUCUGCCAUCCCCUCCCCUAGUGCCAGCAAGACCUGGCGGAGCAAGUCCAUGAACAUGAAGCACAGCGCCACCUCAUCCAUGAUUGCUGCCAGGUCACCCAGCCCAGCCACCUCUCCCACGCCGCCUUCGGGCCCCGCCCCCAGCCCCACCCCAGGCUCUGACCGUCUUCGGCCCUCGCCGGCUGAGGCCCCAAAGGCAGUCGGCGGGGGCCAGAGGUCUAUGCUGGAGAAGUUCAAACUGAUCCACGCGCGCCCCAACUCCAGGCCACCUCCGUCCUCCAGCGCGAGCUCGGUGGCUGAGGUUCCUCUGGAAGAGCAAGAGGCAUUAGUGGAGUGUGGCGAGGAGGUGCUGUCGGGCCCAGAGUCUGUGUGCAGUAGCCCCAGGCUGCCCACCAAGGCUGCAGCCCCCAGCAGCAGUAAGAGCUCCAGCAAGAUGGCUGGCACCAAGUCCCUGCUGCCACCCAAAGAGAAGGAGGACAAGAGCAAGGCCAAAGGCAAGACCAGCACGCCCUGCAAGGACGAGAAGGAGCUGGUGGCUGAGCCCUCCAAGAAGACCUCCAAGAUUGCCAGCCUCAUUCCGAAGGGAGGGAAGUCCUCAGCAGUAAAGAAGGAAGGCACUGCCCCGGCCUCCAGUGGCAUCCCUAAGCCUGGUCUCAAGACACCUACGUCGGGGCCCAAGCCAACGGGCAGUCCAGCCAGCCUAGGGGUGGCAGGCCGGGAACCGGAGAAGUCUAAGGUCACCAAGGGCAGCCAGACGUAUUACAUGCAGCGCUCGCUGGGGACCCUUGAGGGCCGGCGUAGCAGCAUGGUCUCUUCCAACAGCACAUCAGCGCUGUCUGGCUCCAUGUCGACGAGUGGGGGACCUUUAACUGGCAAUGGGGCGGUGCAGCUGCCCCAACAGCAACAACAGCAGAACCACCCCAACACGGCCACCGUCGCCCCCUUCAUGUACAGGACCUACUCGGAGAAUGACUGCACGGCGGUGGCCCCCGCAGACCCCUGCCUCAGCCCUACCAAGGCCGAGCUGGUCUACAGCAAAACUGCCAAGCAGUGCCUGGAGGAGAUCUCUGGAGAGGAUCCCGAGACGAGGCGGAUGCGAACGGUGAAGAACAUUGCCGACCUGCGGCAAAAUCUGGAGGAGACCAUGUCCAGCCUCAGGGGGACGCAAAUCAGCCACAGUACCUUGGAGACUACCUUCGACAGCACGGUGACGACGGAGGUGAACGGGCGCGGUAUUCCCAGUCUGGCCAGCCGCUCCUCGCCCAUGGCCUGGCGCUUGGGCCAAUCGGCCAGCCCCCGCCUACAGGCUGGCGACGCACCCUCCCUGCCCAGCGGCUACCCGCCCGGUCGCGCCACCGGAGUGGGCCGUUUCGCCACCUCCGAUCCCUCCCGCUUCCUGUACACGCAGCCCCUGCGGCGGGCGGGUGCUGGGCCGCCGGGAGCAGAGCCCGGGGAGAAAGGCGGGGCGGAGGGCGGGAUGGAAGGGGACGUCGUCGCUGGGUAUAUGAGUGACGGGGACAUCCUGGGGAAGAACGUCCGAGUGGAUGAAGUUAGCAGCGGGUACCUGACGGAUGGGGGCCUCAACCUGUACUCGCGGAAUGCGGCUCGCGAACCCGACCAGACCAGUACACGUGACGCCCCCCAGAGAGGGGUCAGCCAGACCCACGUAGAUCCAGACAGCUGGGAUGACAGCAGCUCCGUCAGCAGCGGGCUCAGUGACACCCUGGACAACAUCAGCACGGAUGAUCUGAACACCCCAUCCUAUUCCGACAUCGGCGUCGCACAGCGCAGGAGCAAAAGCUCUCAGACGGGCACCCAUAAGUGCGCUGCCCCAGGCCAUGACGGUGCUCCCCAGUGGACUGCUGGAGAGGAGCUGAAGAAGACGGACGAGGAGCUGACCGGCACCAUGGAAGCAAAGUGGAAGCCCCCUCCUCCUUCAUCCUCGCUGGGGCACUGUGAGGACCCUGACAGGGCAGGGCAGAAGACCAGCCUACCUCUGUCCCAGUCAGGCUCCUGGAGGCGAGGCAUGACUGCUCAGAUGGGCAUCGCACCCUCUAGGACAAAAGGAGCCACAGGGGCGCUCAAGACCCCUGGUAAGACGGAUGAUGCUAAGGUCUCAGAGAGGGGCAAGGCCCCUUCGAAGAGCUCAGGUAUUCAGCGCUCACCUUCCGAUGCAGGGAAGAGCAGUGGAGAUGAGGGCAAGAAGCCUCCAUCGGGCAUCACCCGGGCUCCGCCCACUAGCUCCUUCGGUUUUAAGAAGAUUCCAGGAGCUCCGGGACAGCUGGUCACGGCCAGUGGAGCUACGCUGGCUGGUGGCUCGGCCACUCUAGGCAAGGCACCCAAAUCCUCGGCAGCUGGCAAGAGCAGCAGCGGGGCGGCAACUGGAGGUCGCAAAACCAGCCUGGAUGACUCUCAGCCCCAGGACGAUGGCGCAUUGCUGGGAUGUGGCAGCCCUCGAGCCCCUCUGCAGUACCGCUCGCUGCCUCGCCCUGCAAAGUCCUCCAGCCGCUCCAGCCAACGUUCCAGCUCCAGCAGCGCAGACUCCAAUGCCAGCGGGGGUACUGCAGGGGCCAAGCGCCGGGAUGGUGGGACGGUGGGUUCGGGUCGCUCCAGCCCCGUCACCGUCAACCAGACGGACAAAGAGAAGGUGGCCGUAUCGGACUCGGAGGCACCUGGCCUGUCCCCUAAGUCCAGUCCCACGUCCGCAGGCCAAUCUGUGUUAAGGCAGCCUGGGUCCAAGUACCCUGACAUCGCUUCACCCACCUUCCGCAGGUUGUUCGGCUCAAAGGCCAGCAGCAAAGCGAGCUCACCUGGGACACCAGACUCAGGGAAGUGCCCUUCAGUGCUCGGCAGCCCCCAUGGUACACUGGCACGUCAGGGCAGCCUGGACUCGCCUACUUCAGGCACCGGUACCCUGGGUAGCGGAGGUGGACAGAGCGGCAGCAGCAGUCCCCUGUAUAGCGUGAGUGACCCACCUGGCUCCACCCCCAAGCCAUGGGCAGCGGGCAAGGAUGCGCUGAGCUGCCAGAGCCCCAGCGGCCUGCGUGCCAGCACUGAGGCCAUUGACCUGGCUGGCCACCACGGAUCGCUUGCAUCCGGGCCCAAAGUUGUGCGCACUGGAAGCGUCAAGUCCACGCUUUCUGAUGGCAUGCCCCUUGAUAGAAACACACUUCCCAAAAAGGGACUGAGGUACCCCCCAUCCUCCCGGCAGACGCCCCAUGAGGAGGGGAAGGAGUGGCUGCGCUCUCACUCCACGGGGGGGCUACAGGACACUGGGAACCAGUCUCCUCUGUCCCCACCCAGCACAGCUGCCACCACAAGCAAGUACAACUACUCCAACCUGUUGAGCCCCACCAACUUAUCUCAGUUUAGCCUGCCGGGAACCAGCAUGAGUCGAUCUAAUAGCAUUCCGGCCCAGGACUCGUCCUUUGAUCUGCGUGGGGACGCGAACACACUGGGAGGAAGCGCCACCUCACUGGAGGAGCGUCCAAGGGGCAUGAGCCGCUCGGGGUCCUUCCGUGACAGCAUGGAAGAAGUGCACGGCUCCUCAUUGUCGCUGGUCUCCAGCACCUCCUCUCUUUACUCAGCGACAGAGGAAAAGGCCCAUUCUGAGGGCCAAACUGUUCAUAACACCACGCAAAUCCGCAAACUGCGACGAGAGCUGGAUGCGUCCCAGGAGAAGGUGGCCAAGCUGACCUCUCAGCUGUCUUCUAACGCUCACCUGGUGGCAGCCUUCGAGAAGAGCCUGGCAAACAUGACCUGCCGUCUGCAGAGUCUGACCAUGACUGCUGAGCAAAAGGAAUCUGAGUUGGCUGAGCUCCGGGAGACCAUCGAGGCCCUGAAGGCCCAGAACACAGACGCACAAACAGCCAUCCAGGUGGCCCUCAAUGGCCCAGACCACGUCAACAAAGACCUGCGCAUCCGACGGCAGCACUCCUCCGACAGCAUGUCCAGCAUCAACAGUGGGACCAGCCACUCCAGCAUCGGCAGCGGCCCCGAGGCUGAGGCGAAGAAGAAGAAAAAGAAGAGUUGGGUGGCUGAUUCCAUCCCAGCACAGCUGCGUAGCUCCUUCAAGCAGGCUUUCGGCAAGAAGAAGUCCAACAAGCCGCCGUCGCCGCACUCGGACAUCGAAGAGCAGACGGACUCCUCGCUGCCGUCUUCACCCAAGCUGCAGCCUGCUGCCAAGCAAGGGGGUGCCUCCUCGCUCAGGCCUUCGCCCUCCACUACCGAGCUUUGUGAGUGCACUGAGGCAGAGGCUGAGAUCAUCCUGCAGCUGAAGAACGAGCUGCGGGAGAAGGAGCUGAAGCUGACGGACAUCCGCCUGGAAGCUUUGAGCUCUGCCCAUCAGCUGGACCAGAUCCGAGAGGCCAUGAACCGCAUGCAGAACGAAAUCGAGCUGCUGAAGGCAGAGAAUGACCGGCUGAAGUCGACGGGGAGCAACACUGCAGCCCCGCCGGCCAAGACCCCACGGCCCCCUUCGGAGACCUCCAGCACAUCGUCGUCGUCCUCGCGUCAGUCACUGGGUCUGUCGCUCAACAACCUCAACAUGACUGACACCAUCAUGUCAGACAUCCUGCUGGAUGAGGGCUAUGAAGGGAACCUUCGCAAAGAGAGCCGCAGCGUGAGAAUUGUGGUUGCCAUCCAUAGCAGCUCCACCAGGACCAAGGGGGCAAAAUGCCACGAGUAUCUCAUUGGUUCCAUCGGCGUCAGUGGGAAGACUAAGUGGGAUGUCUUGGAUGGUGUGACAAGGCGCUUAUUCAAGGAGUACAUGUUCCGUGUGGAUCCAGCGACCAACCUGGGCCUGACCUCGGACAGCAUCGCGUGCUAUCGACUCAGCGAUGUGGUGCGUGCCACUGGUUCCGAGGUGCCCGAGCUGCUGCCCUGCGGAUACCUGGUGGGGGACAACAAUAUCAUCACUGUGAGCCUCAAAGGUGUGAAGGAGAACAGUGUAGAUGAGCUUGUGUUUGACACCCUUAUCCCCAAGACCAUUAUCCAGCGGUAUUUGAACUUGCUGGUGGAGCACCGACGCAUCAUCCUAUCCGGACCCAGUGGCACUGGCAAGUCCUUCCUGGCCAGCAAGCUGGCCGAGUUCAUCGUUGCCAAGUCUGGCCGGGAGUUCACGGAGGGCUCGGUGGUCAGCUUUUGCGUGGACCACAAGUCCAGCAAGGACCUGCAGCAGUACCUGUCCACACUGGCAGAACAGUGCAGCUCAGCGCAAGGCGACACUGAGCUCCCAAGCGUUGUCAUCCUGGACAAUCUCCACCACAUAGGCUCCCUCAGCGACAUCUUCAACGGCUUCCUCAACUGCAAGUUCCACCAAUGCCCGUACGUCAUUGGGACGAUGAACCAGGGAGUGUCGUCCUCGCCCAACCUGGAGCUUCACCAUAAUUUCAGGUGGGUGCUGUGCGCCAACCAUACGGAGCCGGUGAAGGGUUUUCUGGGCCGAUUCCUGCGGAGGAAGCUGAUUGAGACGGAGAUCGAAAAGAGCGUGCGUAGCAACGACCUUAUCAAGAUUGUGGACUGGAUCCCCAAGGCGUGGCAGCAUCUCAACAGCUUCCUGGAGGCCCACAGCUCUUCCGACGUCACCAUCGGUCCUCGCCUCUUCCUGUCCUGUCCGAUGGAUGUGGACGGCUCGCGCGUGUGGUUCACGGACCUGUGGAACUACUCUCUGGUCCCGUAUCUGCUGGAAGCUGUGAGGGAGGGGCUUCAGCUGUAUGGUAAGAGAACUAUGUGGGAGGACCCUUCCAAAUGGGUGAUUGACACCUGUCCUUGGAGCUCCGCCUCCCUGCAGCAUGACUGGCAGGGCCUGCUCCAGCUGCGGCCCGAGGAUGUGGGCUACGACGGGUACAGCUCUGCCAAGGAGGGGUCUUCCUCCAAGCAGGUCUCCCAGAGUGACACCGAGGGCGACCCACUGAUGAACAUGCUGAUGAAGCUGCAGGAGGCGGCCAACUACUCUAGCGCACAGAGCUGUGACAGCGACGGUCACCACGGCGACCUGCCGGACUCCUCGCUGGAGUCCACGCUGUAGGGCCGGGUUCGAGGAGCGCCAAGAGGUCGGCACAGCCGGGCGGGGCUGGGCAGUGCACCGCUGCUUAAUACUUCCAA